AUGGAGCAGGUCGGCCGCCGCCGAGCCUUCGGCAGCAUCUGCCCCAACACGGUCCAGGGCGCGCCCGCCCGCCUAGCCAAGAAGCCGGCCCGGCCCGGCGGGGACACGGCGUGUAUGCCUCCGGCCGCCCGGAGCCCCCGGGCUCCCCCGCCCCGUGCCCGCCGCAGCGGCGCCUCGCCGGCCCCCGCCGCUCCCGCCCUCGAAGUGUCAGCUUUAGUGCCACCACCACUGGAUUGUACUGCCUAUGAUUUCCCACUCGAUGAGGAGGUGGCUUUUGGGCCCUGCACCCCACAGCUGCAGAGUAGCCUGUUGGUGCAGGUGCCCCCACAGCACCUGUCUUCUCCUGAGCUGUGCUGGAGGGACCUGGCAGACCAGCACCAGAAAGCGUUGGGAGAUGCCCUGGAAGCAAACAGCCAGCUGCAGGAGACCCUCACACAGAGGCAGGAAGAGCUGGUGACACUGCGGGAGAGCAACGUGCAGCUGAAGGAGCUGGCAAGUCAGGCCAGGCAGCUGGCCGCUGUCCUUGACUGCGGGGUGGAGCAGGGCAGUGGGGUGUCAGCGUGGUACGGCUCGGGGCAGUGCGGUGAGGUGUGGGAUGGAGCAGCAGAGCACAGUGUGCUGCGGAACAGGACUGGCCUGUGCGGUGCAGAUCGCGGAACUCGCGCUUCCUCUCGCCAGCAGACGCUGAUGCUCCCGCAAAGCGCCGACGGGACAGCCCUUCCUCCUCCUCCUCUUCAUCCUUUACCUCCUUCUCCCGCCUCCGCUGCCCCGGCCGGGACCGGCCUGGAGGAUGCGGAGUGCGUGGACGCCAUGCUGCGGGCCGUGUCGGAGAAGUGCCGCGCCGCCCUGCGCAGCCUGGGGAGCAGCGAGGGAGACGUGUCGGGGGACAGCCUCGGCGGCAGCCCGGGACACAGCCCGGGAGGCAGCCCCACAGCCAAGCGCCCGCGGCCGGGCCCGCGUCUGCACGGCGCCUUCCGCGGGCUGCGCACGGGCCGCGCCGCGCCGCGCCCGGUCGGCGGGGAGCUGGAGGGGGGCUGCAGCCUGCGGGCGGCGCUGGGGGAGGAGGGCUCCAUACGCACCCUGGCAUUCCCGCAGGGAAACGCCUUCACUCUCCGCACCGCGGCCGGCGGGCACCGCUUCCGAUGGGUGCCGCGCUGA